AAAUGAAGUUUCACAUCGAAGUACCUUUACAAGUUUCAAAGGAAGAAUUUUGGAAGUUUCGUAGUCACCCAGACUUUCUAAGGCUUCAAGUAAAAAAAGGCCAUCUGGAUAGGUUGGAAACAGUGGACGAAGGUACUUUAGAAGAUGGUACUUGCUUUCGAAAGAUGCACAUAUUUCCCAAAUUGGAAGUUUUCGAAGGUUUCAAGUCGUUGAAACACUAUGUGGAGGAACACUUUACUGGAUUGGAAGACUACCAGUGGUGGAAGGAAGACGGUAGUUGUACUCAGUUUUUCUGCACGAAACCGUUAGGGCUACUUGCAGACAAAGUCACCACAGAAGGAAGAAUGGACUUGAUAGAGACAGGCACUGAAAAGUGUACAUAUGUAUUACAAGGCAGUGUACAAGUGCACUUGGUGGGUAUCGGUCACUUGGCAGAACCCAUUAUUAUACGUAAUAUGAAACACUUCUAUCAAGGCAAAUUUUGUGAGCUAGCAAACGAGUUUUUCACAAAAAGGAAUGCUGUAUCAGUUCAUCAACAACAGUUACAGUUGUUUAUGACCAAAGGGCCUUCGAAGUCACGUCUGGGUAAUAUUUUUCGACGCAAGUCCACUUCAAGUACCAAAAUGGAUAGUGAUCUUUUACCGAAUACAACAGCCUUAAGCGAUAAGGAAGAAGAAGAAGAAGAAAUAGGGGAAGAAGGCAGACAUUCUCAAGAAGAUGAAAUAAAAGUUUUUGCUUAAACUUUGGAUAUCGUUUUUGGUAGAAAAUGUUGCGUCCAUCGGACAAAAGAAAUUUUAGUCUCUUUUG